AUGGCCCCUCUCUCCUCGCUGGCAACCUCCGCAGACGUGCACGCACAUGUCCCGAAGCCCAAAUUCCGACUUCACCUGGACGAUCUCCGCCAUGCAGGAAGCACCUCAUUCCUUUCGCGGGUCCCAAACCCUCUGCUGACGCUCGAGACGGCCCUACAAGCUAUCAUCCGACACCUUUAUACCUCACCGACUGAUUCUGACCGCGAUGCUCUGUCCUCCGCUGUUCCCCGUCCGAGAAUCCCCUCCUUCUCCCCAUCAAUCCCCCCUACACGCUCCGUGACCCUCAUCCUCCGUGACUUCGACGGUAUCGCAUACACCACCGGCACCGACUAUGACAAAGAGAUACACUUCUCACUGUCCUAUAUCCGGGCGCGCGCAGACGCCGCUUGCGAGCUAGCUGGCGUGCUCACCCACGAGCUAGUCCAUUGCUACCAACACACGUCGCCCCGCGCACUAGAGGCGGACGAUAGAGACGAAACAGAUGCUGCGAACUCCGAGAAGGACAGCAACAUUCCACAUCCUCCCGGCGGUUUAAUCGAAGGUAUUGCCGACUUUGUCCGUCUCAAGGCUGGUCUAGCUCCACCGCAUUGGAAACGACCGUCUUCCUCCAAGGACAGGGCUGAGAACUGGGACCAGGGAUAUCAGCACACGGCGUAUUUUCUGGCUUGGUUGGAGGAUGUUCGCGUUGGCGUAGGUGCGGUGGGUAUGUUGAACGAUCGGCUGCUGAGAGUGGGAUACGUGGGAGAGUCAACAAGGGUCACGACGGGAGAUGCUGGAGAGAACGAUACGGAUGGGAGCGGUCGCAGUUAUCAAGAGAGCUUCUGGGUAGGCUUGUUCGGUGUCGGGGUGCUGGAGCUCUGGGAGGAAUAUGUGUUACUAUUCUAUUCAGAAAGAAACAGCGGCCUACGAAAGGGGAUGCUGCCGUUGCUCAGAUUUCAGACACCCAUCCUGAAUUCAAGUAUUCUACAUAGUCCAGAUGAUCUCUCCCAGGCCGGAAGAUUGGUAAAAGAAAAAGACUAG